AUGCUUUGGAAAGUAUCUCUAAUAUUGCUCCAUUUGAUCGCCCUCACUUUGGUUGAUGCAAAGAGGGACAGGCUAACCCACAUUGUCAUUCCAUAUCACUACAGGCAGUUGCCAAAUCUAUUAACCAACAUCGAGCUAUGGUCAAAAUAUCCGCCAUAUAUAAACAAAGGGAGCUCCAAAGAUACCGAGCUGACCAUCGUCUUUUACUCUUCUGGCGGCUUUUUGGCUGAUGCAGAAAAAAGGGACCUUGAACUGAGAAUCAACUCCAGCCUUGCGUUGAUCCUAGAUGGGGUCUUGUUGAAUUCAAUUCAACACAUCCACGCAAUUUUGAAUGGCGAUGCAAUCGAUAGCCACAUAGUUGGAUCAAGAACAAUGUUCGAUCUACUGCUAUAUUUCUAUUCCUAUCAACUUGCAGGGGAGGACCCGCUGAUUUUCUUCUACAUGGAGCCGGAUUGCCUCCCCAUCAGAGGUGGAUGGGUUGAGGCACUGCAGCAAGAAUGUGACACAAGAAGUGGUCGCUUUUGGAUGCAGGGAUCAAUCUUCCAUGGCGAUUCGAGGGUCCUUUUUAAGAGGAAAGACAACGAUCUUCCCUUCUUCCUUCAUAUAAACGGAAAUGCAAUGUACAACAUUGGACCGGAGUCCUAUUUCCGCGAAUACUAUUUGAUCGCGGUGGAGACCAUUUCGUGGCGGUCAAGGCUUAUGGACAAGUGGCUCCUCUCUUCUGGUAGGUCUCUUGAAGAUUUGGAAACAAGACUGAAUAAAAUAAAAUACAAAGCCACCAAAAGAUGUGCCUUCAAAUCCUAUGACAUGGCAAUUGCAUACUCGCUCUUCUUGCGUUCGAAUUUCCUUCAAACUAGAGCCUUUUUUGACAAGUUUCUGUACACGGACGUGGUUCAGAACCGCUGGAGAUCUCAGUAUUGCCUUGAUGAGGUUCAUGUUUCCUUUCCAAACACAUUUUUACUGCACGGAGGUCAGCACAAUGCCUCUGUUUGCCAGUUAAAUGAAUAA